AGUGAUAUACUGUAUAAAUUUUAAUGUUUGUACACUUGAAAGUUAGUAUUUGAAACAAUAUUAAUAUUUGUGAUAAUUAACAUGUCGUGUCAAAAGAAACUGUUUGAUGGGAAAGUUGUGUUAAUAACAGGAUCAAGUUCUGGCAUCGGAAGGGCUACGGCCCUCACGUUUGCAGGUCUGGGCGCUAAAGUGGUUAUCACUGCAAGAAAUGAUAUCAAAUUGGAUGAAGUGGUUCAAAGCGCACAACUAAUAUCUGAAUCAAAUGAUAAUAUAUUGAAAGUUAAAGCCGACCUUAAUGUUAGACAAGACAUUGAGAUACUAAUUAAUAAAACGAUAUCGACAUUUGGAAAGUUGGAUGUAUUGGUAAAUAAUGCGGGAAUCGUUGGAAUAACUGAUAUUGAAGACAAAGACAUGGAGAAGACAUUUAACAAUAUUAUGAACACAAAUGUUGGGUCAAUCGUCAGGUUAUGUCAUUUGGCUGUUCCGCAUCUCAAGAAAACUAAAGGAAAUAUAGUCAGCGUUUCAAGUGUUGCCUCAACUAAACCGCACUCGUUAUUCUUCGGCUAUUGUAUGGCUAAAAGCUGUGUCGAUAUGUUAACCAAAUGUCUGGCCAUUGAUUUGGGAAACAGUGGUAUUCGUGUAAAUACUGUUAAUCCUGCAGUCAUCCGAACCAAUAUAUUUAAGGCGGGCUUUAAUUUCAGUGAAGAAGAAACUCAACGAAAUAUUUAUAGAGACUGUGAACAGACAUAUCCAUUGCAAAGACCCGGAGAACCGGAAGAAGUGGCCGAAACAAUAGCUUUUCUUGCAUCAGAUAAGGCGUCGUUUAUCAGUGGGACCACACUUGAGGUCGAUGGCGGCUCUAUGUGGACAUCGAGGGGCGCCAAUCCUAACAAUAAUUCAUAAUUUUCUUAUUAAUUAUAAAACAUUAAUAAUUAGUGUUUUAAUGUUAAGUGAAAACAAAUUAACUAAAUAAACAAAAUCUAAAUAUUGGGAAAAUUUAUUACAUUUUCUUUCAAUUUAUUAAAGUCUUGUUUUGAUCAGAAAAUAUCUAAUUAUCUAAUACUUUAUUUGUUUAAAAAUGUAAUUUCAAAAUAUAUUAUGUUUUUAAGUUUCUUUGGGGGGCCGAGAGGUU